AUGGACUAUCUCAGUGUGUAUUAGGGAUAUAAUAGAGCAAUUCUAAUGGAGAAGAAGAAUAUAAUAAAAAAGUGUUUAAUGAAUAAAUUUUUGUUUACAAUGCUGAAAAAAGAAGAAAUUUGGCAAUCUAUUAAAAUGUUUCAAAAGUAGAAUAGGAGAGAAUUGGAUUAAACAAGAGAAUCAGAAGAUUAAUCAUCAUUUAUUUCUGAUAAUGAAAAAGAAAAUUUAUUUAAAAAUAAAUAGCAAUCUUGUUAAUGCAAAUAAUAAGUGCUCUAACUUAAGAAAGAGUGCAUGCUUUAAAUUAGGGAAUUAAAGGCUUAGCAUUAAAUUGAAAUGGAAAAUCUUUAAAAUCAAUUCUAAAAACUCAUGAUUGAGCAAAAACAAAAAUACGAAUAAGAAAUUUCAUAAUUAAAAGAAGAUCUUGAGUUUUAUAUGUGUGAACAAAACGACAAAGAAUUACUAUAAUUAAUAGAAUAGGAAUAGCAAAAAGAUAAAGAAAUAUUUUAGCAAUAAUUAGAAUAUUAAAUUACAGAGAAAUUAAAAUUAGAAUAAAAAUUAAUUCAAUGCUAGAGAGAAUUAAAAUAGUAUUAAGAAUCAACAUAGUAAAUUUAGUCAAGUCAACAUACUUAGCCUAAUUACUAAUAGUUAUAGUAAAGUGUUCAUAAGAAUUGUGCUCCUUAAUUAUUUAGAGAUACUAAUAGGAAAGUGAAAUUAUAAAGUGAAGGAAUAGAUAGAUCAAUAGUAAACGAUGAUAAUAGCAAUAGGGUGGGAAUAUGUAAUUCAAUAAAAAAUUUUAAUGCAAAUAUUAAGCAUAUGGAAAAAUCUCAACAAUCUUAAUAUUGA